AUGUCAUCUCGGUCAGCGGUCAAUCGGUACCGCAGCUGGCCAUGCUUGACAUUGAGCCUUGGUUUUACGCGAGCUGCAUCCACAAAUGCGGUGUCCAGUGCCGCAUACCAUGACGCGAAAAUAGAAGACAUUCGCAACAUCGGCAUCAUUGCCCAUGUGGACGCAAACCCCGUUAACCGCCCAGACGUCGACCAUGGCGACACCAUUACGGACUUUCUGCCAAUGGAGCGGGCCCGUGGCAUUACAAUCCAGUCGGCCGCCAUCAGCUUCAACUGGCCGCCCAAACAACAUCUUGCACAGGGCCAGACGCCCAAAACGAUCAACCUAAUCGACACGCCGGGCCAUCAAGACUUUCGGUUCGAGGUCGACCGCUGUCUUCCGGUCCUCGACGGUGCCGUGUGCAUCAUUGAUGCUGUCAAGGGCGUCGAAGCGCACACAGAGCGUGUGUGGGCGUCGGCACAGCAGUACAGCAUUCCGCGGCUCGUGUACGUCAACAAGCUGGACCGCGACGGCGCGUCGUUCCAGCGGUCCGUGCUUGACGUGGCCUCGCGGCUCAACGCCUGGCCGCUCGUGUGCCAUAUCCCGCUGUGGGACAAGACGGGCGACGAGUUCCAGGGCGUGGUGGACGUGCUUGAGCGGCGGGGUCUGCGGUGGUCGUCCAACGGCACUUGUUCGCUCGUCAAGGAGCAGACGCUGCGGGCCAACGAGGCGCUGUGGGACGAGAUUGAGACGGCGCGCGUCAAACUCAUCGAACGGUUGUGCGAGGACGACGACGAGCUGGUCGAGGCGUUUUCCGAGCAAGGAGCGGACCUUCCGUCGUCGCUGGUCAAGGCCAGCAUCCGGCGUGUGGUGCGGACGGCCAACGGCAGCGUCGUGCCCGUCUUUGCGGGGUCGAGCCUGCGCAACAUCGGCGUCGAGCCGCUACUAGAUGCCGUCGUAGACUACCUGCCGAACCCGCAGGAGACACACGAUGUUGAGGUGCGCAUUGGCCAAGAGGCCAGGAUGUUGGGCGAUGUUAUGGCGGGAGACGUGGCGACCAAGGGUGGAAAGAAGGCAAGAGGCAGCAAUGGCAACAAAGCAUUGACCGACCCCAGCAAGACGGGCGCCCUGGCAUCCGUGUUCAAGGUCGUCAACGACCCAAGUCUGUUUGCAGGUACGCACGGCAUGCUGACAUUUGUGCGCGUCUACCACGGAUCGCUGCACAAGAACGCUCAGGUGUGGAACGCCAACCUGGCCAAGUUCGAGAAGCCGUUUCAGAUUGCACAGGUGUCGGCCGCCAAGAUCGGCGAGAUCCCGUACCUGGCGCCGGGGCAGAUCGGCGCCGUUACAGGUCUCAAGUCGGCGCGGACAGGCGACACGCUGCACAUUCUGCCCACCUCCACCCAGAACAUGAAUCUCACGACGGCCGACCUGCGCGCCAUGACAAUCCGUCCGCCGGACGUCGGGCCUGCAGUGGCUUUCGUGUCAGUCGAGGCGUACGGCCAGGUGGAGACGAAGAAACUGGCCGACGCGCUGGACAAGAUCUCCCGUGAAGACCCGAGUUUGCGGUGGCAACGCGGCGAGGAGGCCGGCAGUGAAGACACGUUUGUGCUGUCGGGCAUGGGCCAGCUGCACCUGGACGUGGCCAUGGACCGGCUGCGCACGACAUACCAGGUGAACGCAUCGUUCAGUGACGUGCAGGUGGACUACAAGGAGUGCCUGGCCACGCCGACAACGGGCCCGACACGGUACGUCUACGACCGCACGGUGGCCAACAAGACGGGCAUGGCAGCGUGUACGGUGGAAAUAGAGCGCAUUGAAGAGGACGAAGCGAGCGAGCUGCCGCAGCAGCAGAAAACACACAGGGACGAACCGGGCGAGGCCUCGUUCUACUUUCAGCGCGACGGAAAUGUCUUCGUCAUCCGGUUUGAGGGCGGCGGGGAGAACACCGUGUUCCCCUUUGAUCUCGACAUGGUCAGCCGCCAGCUGUUCAGCGGCGCCUACGGUGCCCUUGCUCGCGGCCCCCGUCGCGGCUCGCCGCUGCACGGCUGCAAAGUGACGAUUGUCUUCAACGCGGAGACGGACUAUGGCGGCGCCGACACGGACGGCCACAUUGUGAACGCGGCAUUGCACGGCGUACGCAACGCGUUGCGGGGGGCGCAUGACAAGGGCCUGGUGGGUGUUCUCGAGCCAGUCAUGAACGUGCGCAUUGCGUGUCCCGACGACAGUGCGGGCGCCAUCCAGCGAGACAUCACGGGCUCCCGAGGCGGCUUCGUCCUCGAAGUCCGUGAGAGCUCGUCGGCGGGCGCGUCGUCGUCAUCCUCCAUGGCGGCCGGCGACUCUCCCAUCGACCUCGCUCAGGUGUACGCGCCGCCCGAUCCGUACGUGUCCAUCCAGUCCCUGCGCGAGGCCAAGCGCGGCGUGACCCGUCUCCUCGAGAUUGUGGCCAAGGUCCCGCUCAAGGAGAUGCUGGCGUACGACACGCGGCUUCGCAGCAUGACGGGUGGACGCCACUCGUUCACGAUGGAGCUGGGCAGCUUUGAGCGCGUGGUUGGUUCACGGGAAAAGAAUGUGUGA